AUGGGAUUAUUAUCGCUUGGUACUCCUUUGGAUUGGCAUGACUCCCGCCAUCAUAACGAACAUGUCAGAGAACAUGGGAUUAUUCAGCUUAUCAACAUGUUCAAGCAACAUGCUGGUAGAACUCAAGACACCUUCUUAUGGGGAGACGAAGUCGAGUAUAUGUUGGUCGACAUAGACGAGGCAGAGAAAACUGCCAAGUUAUCGAUCGACAAGGACCACAUCUUGAAGUCCUUGAACGACGAAUCUUUGUCCCUCCACAAAUCGGUGGACAACAACAUCUCGUUCCAUCCCGAGUAUGGCCGUUAUAUGUUGGAAGGUACGCCUGCCUCCCCUUACAACGGAAACUCUUUGGAUGACUACGUUUAUGUCGAAAAGAACAUGAUCAAGAGAAGAGAGGUUAGUGAAUCCGAAUUGCCUGCCCACAUCAAGCCGUUGACAUUGACCACCUUCCCUAGAAUGGGUUGUCCAAACUUUACCUCGCCAUGCGCCAAGCCUAUAGGGCCUGCGUCCCAGUCGUUGUUCUUGCCCGACGAGAUCAUCAACAGACACGUCCGUUUCCCAACCUUAACGGCCAACAUUAGAAAGAGAAGAGGGUGCAAGGUUGCUAUCAAUUUGCCGAUCUAUCCAGACAUUAAUACCAAAUUAUUAGAUGACUCCAUUCCUCAUAACCGUGACUUGUUCGAUAGUGACAAGGAACCUUUCAUUGGUGCCUCUAAACCGGGUCAUGUGUACAUGGACUCGAUGGGUUUUGGUAUGGGCUCGAGCUGCUUACAAAUUACUAUGCAAGCUGCCAAUAUUGAUGAAGCUCGUUACCUUUACGAUACUCUUGCACCUAUAACCCCAAUAAUGUUAAGUUUGAGUGCUGCUGCCCCCAUUUUCAAGGGUUUCCUUGUGAACCAAGAUGUGAGAUGGAACGUUGUAAGUGGUGCAGUAGAUGAUAGAACUUUUGUUGAGAGAAACAGCGAACCUUAUGCUGGCUACAAUGUAUUUGGCGGAUUGAAUAUUGGCAAAGACCAGUUGUUAUCUUCUGUCGAUGUCAACCAAACUUUGAAUGAAUAUGGGGAUUUGAAAAACUUGAAAACUGACGAUGGCAAGCCAAUUCAAAGGGUUCCCAAGUCUAGAUAUGAUUCCAUUGACAAUUACUUAGGUGACGGCUCUUAUUCCACGAGCUACUUCAAUCCCAAGUUGAAUGAUAUCCAAGCCCCAAUCAACAAGAAGGUCUUUGAUAAAUUGCAUAAUGAACAUCCAGAAUUAUUUGAUACCUACUUGGCCAACCACUUUGCUCAUCUUUUUGUCCGUGACCCAUUAGUGUUGUUCAGUGAAAGAAUUAAUCAAGAUGAUGAACUCGAGAAUGACCAUUUUGAGAACAUCCAAUCCACUAACUGGCAAACAUUGAGAUUCAAACCACCUGCAUUAUACGAGAAUGGAACUGACUUAUCUACCAAGCCGGGUUGGAGAGUUGAAUUCCGUCCUAUGGAAAUCCAGUUAACUGAUUUCGAGAAUGCUGCAUACUCUAACUUUAUUUCUUUAUUGUCGAAAGCUAUCAUCAAGUUCAGACCCAACUUGUACAUUCCAAUUUCGAAGAUUGAGCGGAACAUGAAGACCGCCCAUAAUGUGGACUCUGUUCUUGAGGACAAAUUUUGGUUUAAGUCCCUUGACCAAUGGAAUUUGAACAACAACGACUUCAUAGGUUACGAUUUAUCAUGGUUCGACCGUUAUUUGAACGCUGGAAACGAUGAAUUAGGACACGAUGAAGUGUAUAUUAACGGAUAUUCUCGCAAUGGAGCUAUAAUUAACCAGGAAAAUGGUAACCGUUCGAGUGCCAAAACUGUUGAAUCAAUCAAUGAAGUCGACGACGAGGGAACGGAUCAGAAAUACACCAUUAACGAGAUCAUCAAUGGUAAUGAUAAAUUUCCGGGUUUGAUCAGAUUGAUUAUUAGGGUCAUCGCCAACGAUUUAUUGCCAGCACAACAAUCGCAUCAUUGUGAGUCUCAAGUUUUAGCGAAGAAUUUGAUUAGAAUUAAGCACUACUUAUUGUUGAUUUCCCAAAGGGCCAGUGGUAAGAUCCCAACCACUGCUAAUUGGAUAAGAGCAAUGGUAUUGAACCACGAGUCGUACGAGCGUGACUCAAAGGUCGGUGUCCGUGUUAACUACGAUUUGGUCCAGAGUGCAGUUGAGAUUACUGACUUGCUGAACCGAGAAUUAGUGUUGAGCUUCUUCGGUGAAACUGUGGGUGAAUAUCUUUUAGGCAGUUUAUAG